AUGCACAGUGGUCCCAACCACACGAUCAAUUGGGGGGCGUAUCGGGAGGGCGUCCAAUCUGAGCUGCCUAAAUUCAAGUCUCUGCCACAUGAUGGCCUCAAGCUAACGGAGUCGUAUCAGGCUGUCCUUGGCCGGCAAGAGACAUUCACCCAGUAUUUCUCAGAUGAACCGCUAGAAAGUUACAAGCUUGAGUCGCGCCUGAGAGAAACAUUGGGAAUCUCCCCCUCUGCAUCUGGCCCUUCAACGUCCAAGACUGAAAAUGACCCCUCGCUUAGCUGGGUCGGCAUUUUCAGAGACGGCGUUUUUGAGAAGCAGCCGGAUGGCUCCUACCAUUGUGACUAUCAGGGCAAGACAGUCAACAUCGACGAAUCGUUACACAGGAGUAUCCUGGUCAACCGGUGCUUUAUCACGUCAGAUUCCAACCCGUUGCCAAGUACCGCCGACGUGGAAAAAGAGGCUGCCAUCACUCUGGCAAUCGAGGCAGAUGUCUUGGAUGAAUUGGAUGGGAGUUUCAAGUACAUCGAGAGACUGAAGCGACUUCAGCUGGCACUGAGGAGACGCCGUAUCAAGCUUGAAGGUAUCCGAGGUCCUAUAAAGACGCCUCAUACACCGCAGACGCCUGGAUCACAGUGCCUAAGGCGCAGUGAAUCGCGUCCCGCGAUAGACAUCGGGUUCAAGACACGUUUGCGAAGUUUAUCAGAAAGCUCCGGUUUGUCAAGCGGCUCUGACAUACCUCACACCAACGUGCGCGAUGAAUCGGAGCAGGUAUCCUCAAACGGCCAUGAAGAUACUGUUGUGCACUCAAGCCAACAAAAGCGUUCAACACCCGCCAUAAAUAGCAAGGGCUCGCCGGUUCAUCCCCUCCCCAGCGGUACACGCUCCAGUCCACCAAUACCGCCUUCCCUAACCAAGCAAACCCGAGACGAUGCUCAGGGCUCUCGGCAAACCCAACAGGAAAAGCCAGCAAAGCACCACCUGAAUGAAAACCAAGGCGCCAUGCACCCACCUCCAAAAAAACAAAAGAUCGAGAUGAGUCCGCCACCACCAGAUCUCAGGGCUUUGAACGCCAGCAGAGAUAUGGCAACGACGAAUGAGAAGCUCGACAAGCCCGCUCAGCAGCAAAUCGGCCCCGAGAAGCCACGGAACGGAAACGUGCGAACACGCAAGAACUUCACCGAGUAUGAAAAAGAGCACGCCCCAGCCUGGUUCAAGGCCCAGCGAGACUCAAAAACCACGCGGCAAAUUGAGAAAGCCUACUUCGAAAGAUUUGGUGUCUACCGCCGCUUCAUUGUCCUUAAAGCUUUCGUCGAGCGGAUGGAUAAGAAGGCGGGCGCCGAAAAAGCGGCCACGAGCAGAACUGCCACAUUGUCCACUCAGUCAGACCCUGCAAGCCGGGACACCUCAGCAGUACCAAGCCUACGCCGGAUUGCUCCCUCACCUACGUUCUAUGCAUCCCCUCCCUCGCCUACGUCCUAUGAAUCCCCGUAUCCGAACCCUCCAAGCUCUUACGCCUCGUCCAAUGGUAACCAGUCCUCUUAA